UAUGGUGAGAGCAGAGAUGGGAAGGCAGGCACUGGUUCAGGUGGCAGCUGGCUGGAAGACAGGAACGGUACAGUACCCAACUAAACCAAGCACGUCUGCCCCCAAGGCAGGUUCACCGGACCAAGAAGGCUUCUUCAACCUGCUGAGCCACGUGCAGGGCGAUCGGAUGGAGGAGCAGCGCUGUUCCUUGCAGGCUGGUCCAGACCAGACCCCAGAAAGCCAGGGUGGCCCUGCUCCUGAGAUGGACAAUCUCAUGGAUAUGCUGGCUGACACCCAGGGCCGCCGCAUGGAUGACCAGCGUGUAACCAUCAAUUCCCUACCUGGCUUUCAACCUAUUGGUCCCAAGGAUGGAAUGCAGAAACGACCUGGGACCCUCAGCCCUCAACCCCUGCUCACCCCUCAGGACCCUGCUGCACUCAGCUUCCGCAGGAACAGCAGCCCCCAACCCCAGACACAAGCUCCUUGA